ACGGCGAGGAGGGGCGGCGGCGGCGGAGGGAGGACAACAUGGUCGAGAUUCGGAAGAACCACCGUGAGGAGAAUCUCCAGAAGAACCGCCGUCAGGGUGUCCAGCAGUUUUCUGUUCCUGUAGAAGCCACCACCGGCAUCGAGAAAAAGGUGCAGUUAGAAAAUCUACCAUCACUGGUCUUGAGUGUUUGGACAGAUGAUCCCAACAGCCAGCUUGAGGCAACCACCCAAUUCCGAAAAUUGCUUUCUAUAGAGCUCAGUCCACCAAUUCAGGAGGUGAUUGAAGCAGGUGUUGUUCCCCGCUUUGUUGAAUUUUUGAUGAGGGAGGAAUUCCCGCAACUUCAGUUUGAGGCAGCUUGGGCUCUGACUUAUAUUGCUUCUGGCACAUCUGAACACACUAAGGUAGUAAUUGAUCAUGGAGCAGUCCCAAUAUUUGUGAAGCUUCUCGCUUCUCCUAGUGAUGAUGUUCGUGAACAGGCUGUAUGGGCUUUGGGAAAUGUGGCGGAUGAUUCUCCAAAAUGUUGUGACUUUGUGCUUGGUCAUGGAGCCUUGGGUCCUUUGCUAGCUCAGUUUAAUGAAGAUGCCAAAUUAUCUAUGCUCAGAAAUGCUACCUGGACACUGUCUAACUUCUGCAGAGGCACGUUUGAACAGACGAGGCCUGCACUACCAGUUCUCAAGCAGCUUAUUCACUCGAGUGAUGAAGAAGUUGUGACCGAUGCUUGUUGGGCACUUUCAUAUCUUUCUGAUGGAAGCAAUGAUAAAAUUCAAGCUGUGAUUGACUCUGGAGUAUGCCCCCGCUUAGUCGAGUUGUUGCUUCAUCCAUCACCAUCCGUUGUUAUUCCCGCCCUUGGGACUGUUGGAAAUAUUGUCACUGGAGAUGAUAGACAAACUCAGUAUAUCAUCAGCAAUAAUGCACUGCCCCGUCUCUCGAACCUCUUGAGUGGAGCUCAUAAGAAGAGCAUUAAAAAGGAAGCCUGCUGGACUAUUUCCAAUAUCUUAGCUGGAAACAGUAAACAAAUUCAGUCCGUAAUUGAGACCAACAUUAUUGGAUCAUUAGUUGAGUUGCUUCUGAAUGCCGAAUUCGAUGUCAAAAAGGAGGCUGUUUGGGCAAUAUCAAACGCAGCAUCUGGUGGCACUCACGAUCACAUCAAGAUCGUGAGCGUGUGCUUAGGAGUGCUCGAGAACAUUCUGAAGGUGGGCGAGAAGGAGAAGGAUUUCGGCCACACAGGAGAAGUCAACCUCUACGCGCAGUUGAUCGAUGAUGCUCAAGGGUUCGAGAAAAUCGACAACCUUAAGAGUCACGACAAUAACGAGAUUUACGAGAAGGCUGCCCAGAUUCUCGAGACAUAUUGGUUGGAGGAGAUAUUCAAAAAAUAUGUAGAUUUGAAAAACCCGUAA